AUGGAAGCCGAAGCUAGUUUCUCAUCCAUUGCUCCACCGGUGUUUGAUGGAGACAACUACCAGAUUUGGGCAGUACGCAUGGAGACAUACUUGGAUGCUUUGGAUCUUUGGGAAGCAGUGGAAGAAGACUAUGAAAUCCCUGCACUUCCAAACAAUCCCACCAUGGCACAGAUCAAAGCGCAGAAGGAGAAGAAGACAAAGAAGUCAAAGGCCAAAGCAUGCUUGUUUGCUGCGGUGUCAUCAACAAUCUUCAUGAGAAUAAUGUCCCUUAAGACAGCUAAGUCUAUAUGGGAUUAUCUCAAGGAAGAAUAUGCAGGUGACGAAAGGAUCAGAGGAAUGCAGGUCUUGAAUUUGAUAAGGGAAUUCGAGUUGCAAAAGAUGAAGGAAUCUGAAACAAUUAAAGAGUAUUCAGAUAGACUUCUCAGAAUUGCAAACAAAAGCUCUCUUCUUAAGGGAUCUGUGUGA